GAAGAUGAACUCCAGGUUCCAGGAGAUGGCGGACGAGAUGAAGAGCCAGCGGGACGUCCUCAUCCAACUGCAGCAGCAGCAAAUCGUGCAGGGCUCUGCGGACGCGCUCAAACGUGCCGAGGACACACUGAAGAAGGCGGAGGAGAUGGCGCGCGAGCAGCAGGAGGCGACGCGGCGCAUGGAGGAUGCCGUGCGCCAGGCGGAGGAGGCGCGCCGGGCAGCGGUCGCGCAGGCGGAGCAGAUGCGCGAGGCGAUCGGCAGGCUCGAAGAACAGAUGCGCCGCGCGAACGACGACCGGGCUCGCGCGGAUGCUGAGGCGCGUCAGGCGCACAGGGAGGGGCAGGAUGCGAGGAGCGCACGGGAGGAGGCAGACAAGGCUGGUACCGCCGCGCGUGAGGCCAAGGAGGCUGCAGAGAAACAACUGCGCGAGGGCGUGCAGCCGUUCAUCGUCCCGACGCAGGCGCAGCGCGAGGCGACCAAGCGCAAGUUUGGCUAUCGGGAGAGCCUCUUCCACUUUGCAGUCGCGGGCGUGUCGGGCAGCGGCAAGUCGUCGCUCAUCAACGCCUGGCGCGGACUGCGCAACAAGGACAGGGGCGCUGCGCCCACCGGUAUCGUGGAGACCACAGCGGAAAUCACUCGCUACCCCGACCCGAGCGCAGGCGUGCCGUACGUGUGGUACGACGUGCCCGGCGCGGGGACGCUGUCCGUCCCCGACUGGCAGUACUUUACCGACAUGGGGCUCUACGUGUUCGACUGCGUCGUCGUCGUCUUCGAAAACCGCUUCACCGCCACUGAUGUCGCGAUCCUCCGGAGCUGCACGCGCUUCCAAAUCCCGACCUUGGUCGUGCGCUCCAAGUCGAGCCAGCACAUCCAGAACCUUGCCAGUGACAUGGGCGGUGCGGAUGCAGACGACAACGAUGCGGAAGAGGACGUUCUGGACAUGGAUCAGCGAAAGGAGAAGGCACGCGCGCGAUACGUGCAAAACUCGCGCGAGAUCGUGAAGUGGGACCUGCAGGCGGCGGGCCUGCCCCCGCAGCCGGUGUACCUCGUCGACAAGGACGUGCUCGUGAAGAUCCCUACACAGGCCGAGUUCCUCAUCGUCCUGUUCGACAGUCGUCUCAUUUCCACGGACAUCGGCACUGUACUACGCGACUCCACCCGCUUCGGGAUUUCAGCCUUUAUCGUGCGCUCCAAGGCUACUCAGCACAUCCAGAACCUUGCCAGAGACAUGCCUGAUACCGACGACGACGACGAUGCGGGAAUCUCGAAACGAGCGCGCGAGAUGUACAUCCAGGAAAUCCGCGCGAGCAUAGCCCGGAACUUGGUGGCCGCGGGGUUACCUGAGCAACGAGUGUACAUGGUCGACAAGGACACUCUUGCUCGGAUGGUGAAGGGACGACCGGUCAUGGACGGCAUCGACGAAGAGAAGCUGCUUCGUGACCUUCUUGCUGAGGCACGUCGCCAGAAAGCAAGUACAGACACCUGACACUUCCUGUCAACCCUUCGCCGCGACCCGUCAUAUAUUCAUACCUCAGAUGUUAGCACUUCCGUGUCUGGAUCGAAAUCGGUAUGAUCUGCACGCUCUCAUAUCGUCUACGUACGAAGUUUGUUUGUUUGUUUAUUCCCUUUUGUGGUCACUGAGGGCGAAGCCCUAUGUAGACAGUACACGUAC